AUUUUACACAGAGGUUGCUACUGCAGCAACACGUGUUGGUUUAGCUUUGUGUGCUUCUUCUGAUGCACAAAUUCAGGGGCCUUUUCCAGCAGAGUUUGUUGUGAGAUCACAGGUCGGGAGGAUGACCGCUCGAGUGGAUUUCUCAUUGAUUGCUGCUUUGUGGUAUCUUUUUGGAUACUUGAGCAUAACUCAUGCUAUUCAAAGACAAAACACAGUGGAUGGUUUUUGUCCGGCGACGCUGACGUUCGUGCCGGCCCGUCGAGGAUGUUCUUCUGAUGAAGACUGCCCUGGAGGACACAAAUGCUGUCGAUUUGACUGUGGGCCUGUUUGUGUGCUGCCUGUUUUCAUGAAGCCGGGUCAGUGUCCCCUACCAGAGAUGAUUCCACUGUGUGCUGAAAGCUGUUUCCAUGAUGGCCAGUGUCCUGCCACACAGAAGUGUUGCCCAACCACCGGUGGCUUUGCAUGCAGUGAACCACGUGGUCAGGGAAGAGGGUCAGAUGAGUUGUCAGGGACAUGGACCGGUUCAUGGACCGGGUCAGGGCCAGGGUAGCGGUCUGGGUCAGGGACAGGGCCAGGGACAAGGACAAGGACAGGGAAGCGGCCAGGGACAAGGACAGGGAAGCGGACAGG